AUGGCGGAAAGCGAGUGCGAGACCCCCAGCACGCCGGGGGAGUUUGAGAGCAAAUAUUUCGAAUACAAUGGGGUUCGCCUGCCCCCUUUCUGCAGGGGAAAGAUGGAAGAAAUCGCCAAUUUUCCAGUGAGAGAUAAUGAUGUCUGGAUUGUUACCUACCCCAAAUCAGGCACCAGUUUAUUACAGGAAGUGGUAUAUCUAGUGAGCCAAGGAGCCGAUCCGGAUGAAAUUGGAUUAAUGAAUAUAGAUGAGCAGCUUCCAGUCCUAGAGUAUCCUCAGCCUGGUCUAGACAUUAUCAAGGAGCUUACAUCUCCUCGCCUAAUCAAAAGCCACCUGCCAUAUCGUUUCUUGCCUUCAGACCUUCAUAGUGGUGAUUCUAAGGUAAUAUACAUGGCUCGCAACCCCAAAGACCUGGUAGUCUCUUAUUACCAGUUCCACCGUUCCCUGCGGACCAUGAGCUACAGAGGAACAUUUCAAGAGUUCUGCCGGAGAUUUAUGAAUGAUAAGUUAGGAUAUGGCUCCUGGUUUGAGCAUGUGCAGGAAUUUUGGCAACAUCAUAUGGAUUCCAAUGUACUCUUUCUCAAGUAUGAAGAUAUGCACAAGGACCUCGCAACGCUGGUUGAACAACUGGCAAGGUUUUUGGGCAUCUCUUACGACAAAGCACAGUUGGAAUCCAUGGCAGAACAUUGCCACCAGCUCAUUGACCAGUGCUGCAAUGCAGAAGCCCUUCCUGUUGGCAGGGAUGCUUUCAGCUGGGCUUCCAUUUUCAGAUUCAUGGACUCUCAUGCAGGUGUAGACCCUGAUGGACAUGGACGAGUUGGGCUGUGGAAAGACAUCUUUACCGUCUCCAUGAAUGAGAAAUUUGAUUUAGUUUACAAACAGAAGAUGGGAAAGUGUGACCUCACGUUUGACUUUUAUUUAUAAAAAAGCAAAAAUGCAUGUCUACAAUCUCCAGAUCCUAGCUAGAAGUGCUUUCUGCAUUCAUUUACUAUUCGCUGGAUACAACACAGUCCCUGUUAUAUAUACACAUACAUAUAUCAAUAGUUAAAAAAACAAAAAGGGCACCAUGCAUUGGGAAGUUUAUAUCAAAGAGCCCUGCUAGUUUGGACCUAAGGUCCACCUAGUACAGCAUUCUCCUUGCAAAGUACAGUCAGCCAGAUGCCCCUGGGAAAGCUGACCAGGAGGAUAAAAAGUCAGCAGAGUUUCUCUGUCUCCAAUAUUUAGUAUUUAUGGAGUCUGCAUGUCAGUAUUCUGGCUAAUAGAAAUGAACAGUUAUAGUCCAGGAAUCUGUCUAAUCCUGGUACACUCUGGAUGUGGUGUACGAUCACUUUUGUCAUUUCCAGCCAGCACAACAAAAGGCCACGCAGGCUGGAAAUGAUUGGAGUUGCAGUCCUACACACAUCUGAUGGGCAUGUGGUUGGAGAAGACUGGUCUACUAUCUGAAAAAAUGCUAUUUAAACCUAGUGGCUAUUGCACUUCAUUAUGCAGAAGUUAUGUUUUUCCUUGUCUCUCCAGAACGCCUUCCAAUUUCAUUGGGUAAUCCUGAAUUCUAGAGUUGCAGGAGAAAGAGGGAACAUUGUUCCAGUGUAUUACUAUUCAUAAUUCAUACAUACCUCUCCCAAGUCCUUUCUUAAAAUUGAUCAUUUACAGGUUUACCCUGACAGAAGUCUCAAAAAAAAUCCCUGGGACUUUUUCCUGGGGAAGUGGGUAUAAGAUUGUGGAUGUGAAGCACAAGCCCAUGGAAGUAAAGUAAAUUCAGAAGUAAAUUCUGCUGAGCUCAAUGGACCCAAGGCACAAAAGAGUGUUCAGCAUUAGGCAUAGUCCCCGUAACGCAAAAGCCCCAAACACCUCAUAAUGAAGGUGUUCCAACCUUCAUUUGCUGUACAGUUCAACAGCUCUCAUUCAAAUUCAAUAGGAUUUAUGCAGUAAAACUUCCCAGUGUGUUUUGCCCAGGCAAAAUCUAAGCAAACCAUAGAAAGUAUAACUAUCUUUCACCCUGUCCUUCCCUUAUAAACAAAACAAUGUGUGUGCGCACGCGUGUGCAUUCGUGUGCGUGCACACUCGCACGCACACAUGAGACAGACAACCUGGCUGCUAUGGAAUACAUUAUGUACCUGUAAAGUAUGAAUUAUAUAUGUAGUUAGGGAUAAAUGCCUUUCCAGACCCACUUUUAUUUUAAACAUUUUACAGGCGCUUUAGAGUGGAAAUCUAAAAAUAGUUCAAUGUACCAAAUAGUUCAGUGCACGCGUUCGUGCAGCUGGGACUCCAGCAUCAACAGGCAAUACCCACCCAAGUGCUAUUUAGAACUGUCAAAUGCCUUGUGCUGAAAGGACAGUAAAAUUGGUUCCAGAUGAAGCCCAGUGGUGAGAUUAUUGCAUCAUCUCUAGGGAGCUGGAAACAAGGUAGUCACCUGACCGCAGAACAGUGUCUAGCCUGCUUCUCUACCUUUAACAGAGGUUUGGUAUGCAGAAAUCAGCAGGUGACUAAUUAUUACCAUCUCGUUGCUGUAGAUCACUGCUAAAGGAAGAGCUGCCAAGUGGUCCAAAAGUUGCCAAUCCCUCAUCUGGAAGAAUUGCAUUUUUAUACACAUGGUUCAUCUUUGUUUCUGUCAUCUUCAAAGGCUAAAACAUGGAAGGCAAAAGAAGGGUCUUUUACUUCAAAGAUGAACAGUGUAGUUCAUUUUAAUUAGAGUAUAAAAAUUAAAUAUACUUCUGCUUCACUCCUUACUCAAAGCACUUUAAUGCUGCUAAUACUGAAGGUCCAAGUUAUACUUAAGUCAUGCCUAAUUUUCAUAGUUUAUUAAGGAUUAUUGAGACAGGGCUACCUUUCACAUAAAUAAGCAUGGAUCUAGGCUGCACUGCUUUGGGUCACAGGUAGGGGUGUAUAUGACCAAUUGCUUCUCUAUACAGCCAUAGAGGGCUGUCUCCAGGAAUCAGUUUCCCACCCUUUUAAAAAGAAAAUAUUUUCAUGAGGAGGGGCCUUUCUUCAUGUGAGCGCCAUCUGCAGUCUGAAAUCUAAGCUCAGGCAGUUUCCAUCUUAGUGAAAACUAGGCUUGAGUUAUAUUGAGUCCUGCUAAUUUCCCAUAUUCUGCUUUGCAGAUCAGCACUGUAUUGUGCAUCAAUUAUUGUAAGCAACUCUUAAAGGCUUAUGAAUAAAGAGUGAAUAU